UUUCCGUUUUCACAUCUGCACAUGCGUACUAUAACUUCACAAGCAGAUAAUCAAGUGGUGACGACCGACGCCCAAGUAUGUGAAAAGUACUGUUUUUUACAUAUUUUACGGCGCUGCAGAAUGGCUGCACCAUCUCACAUCCAGGGAGACAUUAUAAACUUAAACGUUGGAGGGACAAGAUUUUCCACAUCCAGACAAACCCUAACAUGGAGCACAGAUUCCUUCUUUACUAGUCUACUCAGUGGGAGAAUCUCUUCUUUAAAAGAUGAGACAGGUUCCAUAUUCAUAGAUAGGGAUCCCAAACUAUUCUCACUAAUAUUGAACUAUUUGAGAACCAAGGAAAUUGACGUUAAAGAUGUUGACAUUUGUGCCUUGCGUCAUGAGGCAGAGUAUUAUGGGAUAACACCUCUGGUAAAACGACUGCUGCUGUGUGAAGAUCUGGAUCAUUCAUCAUGUGGAGAUGUUAUAUUUCAUGGAUAUAUCCCUGCUCCUAACCCUCCCCUGCAUCGAGCUCCAUCACAAGUGAAUAACGAUGACACAGAACAACACCAACACCACCAACAACAGCAACCACUGAAUGAGCCUGUCUUGCCAAGGGAGACCUCUGUGAGACCUGGAAAUGUGAUGAGACUGUCUGAACGCACGGGUAGAACCCACUCACGGAAUGCCUCUGCAGAUCUUCAUCUCAGCCACUCUCGUCAAGGCUCUCUAAACCUCCGCCACCAUUCCCGCAACUCUUCAGUCGACCUGGCUCACCACCUUGCUCAACAGCAGCAUUCUAGAAACUCCUCGAUGGACCUGAGAAAAAACGACGUGUCGCUACUAUUUGGUAACAUGGGUCCCGGUGCCCACGUCCACCAGGCUUCUAUGGAUCCUCUGCGUGUCACCAUAGUAAAGGGGCAUCACAACUGGAUAGCUGUGGCUUACAACCAUUUUGUCUGUUGUUACAGACUUAAAGAGGCCACAGCUUGGCACCAGGUGUGGACCAGUCCAUUCCUGGAGGAGCCAGUAGAGAGAAUCGCCCUGAAUGCCAAAGUGGCAUCAGCCAAUCAGGAGACUAAUAAAAUGCUGGCCGUGGCCACAGGUUCUCAUAUACACCUGUGGAGUCUGACUGAUGCAGGAGAGGCUCGUGCUGUGGGCUUGUUUGAUAUGACAGUUUGUAUAGACUCCUUAUUCUUCAUAGGGAGCCAGCUUGUGGGGCUGAGCCACACAGGGAAAGUGGGGGUGUGGCAUUCCAUGACACAGCAUUGGCAGAUACAGGACGUAGUGCGCAUCACGAGUUACGACACAGCGGGCUCUUUUCUUAUUCUAGGAGGUAACAAUGGCUCCAUCUAUUACAUUGACAUGCAGAAAUUCCCCCUGCGUAUGAAGGACAAUGAUCUCCUGGUGACGGAAUUGUACCGCGAUCCUGCCAAUGAAAUGGUGACGGCCUUAAGUGUUUACCUGACGCCAAAGACGAGAGAGCUUAGUGGGAAUUGGAUAGAGAUAGCAUACGGCACCAAUGCUGGGACAGUCCGUGUGAUAGUGCAGCAUCCAGAGACAGUGGGGCAAGGUCCACAACUGUUUCAAACCUUCACUGUACAUCGAAGUCCUGUCUCCAAGGUCAUGCUUUCAGAGAAACACUUAGUUUCAGUAUGUUCAGAGUAUUAUCAUGUACGGACUUGGAGUGUAACCCGUUUCAGAGGCAUGAUAUCCACGCAGCCUGGUUCUACUCCUCUGGCCUCAUUUAAAAUUGUCUCCUUAGAAGAUACGGAACCCCUAGUCAGCUACUCAGCAGGAAAUGAUAUUGGUCCAUAUGGUGAGCAAGAUGACCAACAAGUGUUUGUUCAAAAAGUAGUACCAGAAACCCACCAACUCUACGUCCGUCUCUCAUCAACAGGGAAACGAGUUUGUGUCAUCAAAUCUGUGGACGGGACUACUGUGACCUCAUUCUGUGUGCACGAAUUUGAGGGGUCCAGCCGCAUGGGGUCCCGACCACGUCGUUACAUCUUCACGGGUCACGCCAACGGGAGUGUGCAAAUCUGGGAUCUGACCACGGCUUUGGAUAAAUUUCUGAAGGGAGAGCCAGACCAGGGGGAUGAUGGAGGCCCCACCCCCACAGAACUUAUUAAGCUACUUGAUGAGUGUGAUCUGAGCAGCUCCAGGUGUAGCACUCCCUGUAUAAGCCCAUCCCCAUCUUUACUGGGUCCCAGGGGGGACACUCCUUAUAUUAAGGCCUCCAACCUAUCGCUGAUCUCUAUGCAUGGGAUCAAUGGGGCUAAUUCUAAUGGAGAGCCUGUACAAGGUGCAGUAGGAGGCUUCGUGGGAUACCAAGUAACCAAAUUCUAGUAGCCCAUGGAUGGUCCUUUUCAAAGGUUUUAGUUUUAUCUGUUCCAGACACUAUACGAAAAGUGCCCCAUUUUCAGCAUUAAUAGCAAAAUAAGUUAAAAUGCACAAAUGGUUUGGAUGCAACAUUGGUGCUUUCUUCUGAAAUAGUGAUUAUACGUACAUAUAGUGUGUAAUUGUGGAAAGUGAAUACAAAACAAUGCUUACUAUUGGAACUUUCUUGUUAGUUUACAUGUUAUGUAUGUAUGUUUUAGAAUUUUAAAGAAGACAAUUGCGGAGUGUUUUGCUUUCUGGUUUAAAAGUGUGCAAUUUACGUGUACCCUUCAAAGCCUUAUUAAUCAACUUUGCACAGUGUUAUUUAUUAGGCUGCAUAUUUUAAAAUUUUAACAGAUGCUGUGAAAAAUAAUAAACGAAAGUUAAGAGGCAUGAUUAAUUUUGUAAAGAGGAAAGUUUUUUAUGAUUGUUUGAGCACACAUUAUGCGAUUGAAAAUAUAUAUUUUAAGAUACCUGAGAUAUCUGUUCUCUUUUAAGAAGGAAUUUUAAGUGUGUGAAACUAUAACAAAAUCCUGAAUAACAUGACUUGAAUUAAAUGUUUUAUUGAGUUA